GAUUGGAUUGUGGAUGAGUUAGGUCAGGUGGAGGCGGACUGUUACGCACGGGGAACGAUAUAAAACUCACCUGCACCUUCCACAUCCAGGUGAUUCAUCCCUAUCCUAAAAGACUUGCGUGUGUUUUCAGACCUCCCACCCUGCAGAAAGCAUGCCUCUGAACAGCAGCACCACGGUGUAYGGUGGAGCCGGAGGACGGGGCGCCAAGCCGUCCUUGUCCCGGACCGUGUCCACCCCGGAGGGGCUGCGCGACAUGWUGCAGCGCAACACCUCGGACAGAACUCCUGAGUUCCGGAGAUCUGAUUCGCUGACUCAGAGCGAACCCACCUCCCCGGCUCGUGUCGACCCCUCGGGGGACAACAAGAGCACCCUGCGCGGCUUGAACGACCGCUUGUCCGCCUACUUGAACAAAGUGGGGGAGCUGAAUAAGGAAAACGCCGACCUGAUGGAUAAGAUCAACGRCAUUUUGGCCAAAAGGAAGAGCCCUGAGGGACGCGACUGGGAUAAAGCCCAGAAACCCCUUGAGGAUCUGGAGAAACGGAUCAAAGACCUCACCCUGGAAAAUGCCAAGCAGCUGCUCCGUAUUGACGACACCAGGCUGGCCAGUGAGGACUUCAAGAACAAGCUGGACGAUGAGAAAAAGGCCAGGAAGGUGUUGGAGAAAGACCUGGACAAGGUGAAGAACUUAAUCAGUGAAAUCAAGCUGGAAAAAAAUAACUUGCAGGUGGAGAUCAAGCUGGCGAAGGAUGAGCUCUAUCACCUCAAGGACGAGCACAAGAAGGAGGUGGACGAUCUGCUCCAACAGAUCAGGGAUUCUGAGGUGCAGGUGGAGGUGGAUUCCUCUAAAUCCAACCUGGCUGCCAUCAUCAGAGACAUCCGGGCUCAGUAUCAAAAAAUGUCAGAGAGGAACCUGAAGGCGACGGAGGACUGGUACAAGAACAAGUUUGAGGACAUCAAGGAGGAGGAGGCCCAAAACACUGAGGCCUUGGAUGAGGUCAGCAGGGAGCACAAGGAUCUGGAGAAGGAGGUGAAAACUCUGGAGCAGUCGAUUCGGAAUCAGCGUACCACRAUCAGCACCCUGGAAGACAGGCUGAAUAAAACCAAAUGGGAGAGCAACCAGCGGCUGGYCCCGCUCUACAGAGCCAUCACAAAGCUGGAGGCAAAUCUGAGGGAGGUGAGGUCCCAGGUGGAGAUCCAGAUGGACGAUAACAACGAGCUGCUGACCGUCAAGAUGAUGCUGGAGAAGGAAAUCGAGCAGUACAGGAAGCUGAUUGGGCCCAUGGCUGCUGAGAACGAGAGCUCGAGGUUUGAUUUAGAGGACGGGCUGCAGAGCGCUCCACCAAAGGCUAAAGAUGUGGUGGUGUGUUCAGGGGAUCUCGGGAAAAAAGCACCUGCCAACAAUGGCAACCAGUGGUAGAAAAAGCAAAAGAAGAAGAAGAAGGAUUCAUCCUCCUCCUCCUCUUUUCUUCCUCACAUUCUGAAAAGGAUUUAAAAAAAAGAGAGACCCAUAAAUCAAGUAAAAAAAACAACAAUUAAAAAUGCUACUGUGUUCUGGUCCAAUCCUGUGUUUUAAACUGGUGUCAAAUCUAAGGAUGUGGUUUUCUCUCAUGUGAUGGAAAUAAAGACAUUGAGUUUUGAAAAAGGAA